AAAUUAACUAUGUUUGCAUUUCAGUUUCAAUUGUUUUAUCCUCAAAAUGGAACCAGAAAAAAUAAAAAAUUUAGACGAAUUGAUUAAAAAAUACCACGGUGAAAAUGUGCAAAUUGUGGAUAAAAAGAUGACGAAUUUAACAGCCCCCGGUGAAAAUUACCUCAGUGAUAUAUUUAAACUCGAUGUUACUAUUAAAAAUAAAAAUGGUAAUGAAAGUAUCGAGCACUACGUUGCCAAAUCAGUUUUGAUAAAACCCGAUAUGUCAUCUGAUAUGAAUGUUGAAAUUUUUAAAAACGAAAUAUUAUUUUACACGACGGUUAUUCCUACGAUACGACAAUUUGCUAAAGAACAUGGUCUGCAAGACAAGGACGUUUUCCCAGAAUUGAUUGCGGCGAGAAUGAAUUUAGAUCAUACAGAUAAAACAGAUGAAAAUGCUGUUCUAAUUCUGGAAAAUUUGGCGGAAAAAGGUUAUAAAAACGCUGAUAGGCACAUAAGUUUCGAUCUAGACGGCGCUAAAUUGAUCCUGUCAGAUCUCGCUAUUUUCCACGCUAUACCGUUGGCUAUGAAAAUCCAGAAACCAAAAUUGUUUGAGGAGAAUAUCGCAAAGAUUUGUAAACUACCAACUCCUCCUAAUAAACGUGGUGAAAUGAACCCAUCCUCGCCACCGAAUCCUCUUCAAGGAGGGGACAAAGAUGAUAAAAUGAAACCUCCAAAUCUAGUGCCUCUUUUAACCGAAGUAGCCAAAGAAGAUAUUUUUUGUAGAAAUCACGUCGAUAAAUUGGAAAAAUUCAUAAUAGAUAUGGAAAAGAAAAUGAUAGAAGAAUUUGGCGCUAAAACAGAUCCCAGCUUACCUUUUGCAACUUUGUGUCAUAAUGACAUGUGGGUAAAUAAUACAAUGCAACGUUCCGAACAAGGAAAGUUCGUAAAAAAUAAAUUUGUAGAUUUCCAAAUGUGUAGCGUGAGUGAACUAUUUUCGGAUUUAAUAUUUUUCCUUUUCAGUAGUGUAGAUUUAAUCACCCUUGAAAACCAUUUUGAUUAUUUGAUAAUGUUUUAUCACGAAUGCUUCAUUAAAAUUUUGGAAAAGUGCAAAUGCGACGUCGCUCCUUACGCUUAUAACAAAUUUAUGAUGAAAAUUAAGGAUGCCAUUCCUUCGAAGUUCUUGCACAUCAUGGUUAUGAAUUUUUUUAUUAUUUAUGCUAAAAAGGGAGUGAUGGGGGGCCCAUUCAGAAUGAAAGAAUUGACAUCUAGUGAAACACAUGCAAUAGCUAAAAAGAAAUUCCUAUUUUUAUUCAGAAAAUUGAUUGAAAACGAUUGGAUUUAAAUUUUUUGAAUCAAUUUAUUUCCUGAACAGUUUAUUUCGUAAUAAAAAUCGUAAAAAUUUGUAAGAAUGUCCGGAAUAUUUGUUAUUACAUAAGAUACGUAUCAAAACAAGUUAUUUACAUAGUCUUUCGAUAGAGUGCACUGUACAACAACCAUAUUAUGUUUGUUUUUAUUUUUUAGGUUGGCCACAAAGUAAUUUCGUUUUUGUAGUAUAAAAUAACACACUUGUUUUCAACAAACAAUAGUUUCUAAUCAAUUAUGUUUUUUCAUUUUCCAAUGACCUUUUGCCAUAUUUCUUUCAGCUCAUAAAAUUUCCAGUCCUUAUCGGAAAAAAACUGAUCCAGAUACGAUUGAAAGACAUCGUCAUUUGUAAAAGUUCAAAAAAUUCUGCAAACUUCGAAAUAAAUGGUAAUAAAUUGUGCCAAAUCAGGGCUGUAUGGGGGAUAUGGCAUCACUUCUGGCCGUUUUAAUCUGAUCGCUUCAUCCAGUUUCAUGAAUUAUUGAUCAGAAUUGAUAGUUUGGUUCCUUAGAUUUAGCACAAGAAACCCACCAACUUUUUUGCUGUUGUCCAGGUUUCGAUGUGGUUUGUGCUGGUUCAUCGUGUUUGCUCCAUGAUAGUUUUCGAACUAUGUUAAUGUACAGGAUGCAUUUUUCAUCUCCAGUGAUGAUUCUUUUCAAGAAAGGGUCAGUUUCAUUUCGUUUAAGGUGCGUAUCGAAAAUGUUGAUACAUUCAAUUCGCGAGGUUCCCAAAUAUCAAGCUUCUUAACUAACUCAAGACAUUAUAAGUGUUUUUCAAUUAUUGUGUGCUAUAGAUAUAGCCUCUUCGCAACCUCUCGAACAAUUUUAUGACGAUUCUCUUCAAUUAUGAUUUUGAUUUGGUCAUCAUCAACUUCGGAAUCAACCAUCUGGAAAGUUGCUCAUUUUUGAGGAAAAAAUCUCCAGAACCGAAUUUUUUAUACCACAUAUUUCUUUGUGAGCCGCAGCAAAAUAAAUUAUUCAAAAAAUAAAGCGAGGCUCUCUAUCAGUAAAAAGCGAAAGUACUUAGUUGCCAACCUUAUAUUUUAUUCCAAAUUUAUUUCACUUUCCAUUUCGACAAUAUUAAUAUUUUAAAGGGGGUUCACAUCCACUGCUUCAUAUAAUUUUAAGAUCCACGUUUGGCAGCUUUAUGAUAUUGAAAUGAAUGUUUUAAUAAUAGUCUUGCGAUUUCGAUUUUAAGAUAUUUAUUUGCUAAUAAAACACAUUUUUUUUAAAUAUU